AUAGAGAGAAUAAUUUAACAGCUUUUCAUCCUCUCUCUCUCUCUCUCUCUCUCUCUCUCUCUCUCUCUACAAAUCUUGCCCUCUCUUUCUCCGCCCUUACACACCCACACAUAGUUCGCUAAUUAUAAAGGACAAGCUUAUCAAGAUUAGCUCUUGCCAGUCGGAGAUCAUGGCCGGAUGCAUCAACACUGCCACCGCCGCCGAGCAACUCUGCUAUAUCCCUUGCAACUUCUGCAACAUCGUCCUUGCGGUGAGUGUUCCAUGCAGCAGCAUGUUCGACAUAGUGACCGUCCGAUGCGGGCACUGCACCAAUCUGUGGUCCGUCAAUAUGGCUGCAGCUCUUCAGUCCCUUUCACGCCCUAAUUUCCAGGCGCCGAAUUACUUCAUACAAGAGUACAGGAACGAGUUCGGUUCUUCCUCAAGAUGCCACAACAAAGUCCCUCCGAGGAUUUCUACUCGCACUGCCGGCGAACAAAGGGUCGAAAACCGCCCUACCGGGAAGCGGCAGCGAGUGCCUUCAGCAUAUAAUCAGUUCAUAAAAGAGGAAAUUCAGAGGAUUAAGGCGAAUAAUCCAGACAUAAGCCACAGAGAAGCAUUCAGCACUGCUGCAAAGAAUUGGGCACAUUUCCCUCAUAUUCACUUUGGUCUGAUGCUGGAGAACAACAAGCAAGCUAAGCUAGCCUAACUAAUGAUGAGAAGAGGUGGACGUGCCCGAAGUACCAUGGAACAAGAGCUGAGGAUGUCUUGGUUACUAUCAUCACCUUAUCAGUUGAUAUUUUACAUAAAUUUCCUACAAUUUCAAUGAUGUUAUAUAUAUAUUCUCGAAGAGAUCUAUCUUCAAAGACCUUUCACGUAUCUUGAUGGUGAAUAAACUUCAUCAUUAUUUAUAUAUAUCAUUUGUGUGAUUCGUGUUA